UGUAAAACUUGGCAGCACCUUCAAUAUUUACACUACAUUAGAUUUCACAACAAAUAUCAAAUUAGUUUUAUUUUUGUAAAUAUUCCAACUUAAAAAAAACGAUUCCUCUCUUGCCAUCAAUAUGUUUUCCAGAGCAACCUCCCGUAUAACACCCUAUUUGGCGGAAGGUUCCCGUGCAGCCGGCAUAAUGGCUACCGGAGAUGUUUUAGCACAAACUUUAGUGGAAAAAAAGGAUUUCAAGGACAUUGAUUACGUGCGCACCAUUAAAUAUGGUUCCUUGGGUUUGUUAUUUGUGGGACCUGUGCUAAAAUACUGGUAUGCUUUGUUGGAUCGCAGCAUAACCACUCAACAGAAUCGUUUACAACGUACGGUCAAGAAAAUGUUGGUAGAUCAGGCUGUAAUGGCUCCGGCUUUAAAUUUAUCCAUAACAGCAUUGGUGGGUCUAAUAAAUGAAGAGAGUGGUGAUACUAUUAAGGAACGUAUACGAGUUCAGUAUCCUGAUAUUAUGAAAAAUAAUAUUUAUGUUAUGGCCGGCAGUGCAAAUGAUAAACUUCAGCAUUGUGCCCUUUAAUAUCAAGUGGUAUUUGUGCAACUGGUGGCGGGUAUAGUAUGGAAUUGUUUUGUUUCUCAGUUAUUGAAUGAUAAAAAUGCAGUGAAACAGUGAUUUUCUUUAGAUUAAGAAAGAAAA